CAGCUCCGCGCGCUGCGGUUGGAUGUUGGAGCUGCGCGCGGAUUGGCUGGUCGCUCUUCAUUGUGAGACUGUCAAGCGGGAUCACAUGAUCUGGCCUCUAGGCCUAUUAACACAUGAGCUUGGCGAACAAGUUUACAGACUUGUAUUUCAGCGCCCAGGAGCAGAGCAGCUGUGAGCGCUGAGAGAAGCACGAGCACCUGCGGGCGCGUUCAGGCACUACUUUUUGCGCUUCUAAGAGGAGACUGAUCAGUAGGUCACCACCACCUCUCUUGACUCUUGGUGUCGUUUUGAGAACUUUUUUAUGUGCUUGGCAGUGAUCACCUAAAGUUGCCUGAAUGUAUAACAUGAUGGAAACCGAGAUCAAGACCCCGCUCCCGCAGUCUAACUCGGGUUCGGCGGCGGGCGCCAAGAACAACAGCGCCAACGACCAGGAGCGGGUGAAGCGACCGAUGAACGCCUUCAUGGUCUGGUCCCGGGGGCAGCGCAGGAAGAUGGCGCAAGAAAACCCCAAAAUGCACAACUCUGAAAUCAGCAAGCGGCUCGGAGCUGACUGGAAACUUCUCACCGACGCGGAGAAGAGGCCGUUCAUCGACGAGGCCAAGCGUCUGCGGGCGAUGCACAUGAAAGAACACCCGGAUUACAAAUACCGUCCACGCAGGAAGACCAAAACCCUGCUCAAGAAAGACAAGUACUCCCUGCCAGGUGGACUGCUGGCGCCGGGAGCCAACGCGGUCAACAACUCUGUGUCUGUGGGGCAGCGGAUGGAUGGUUACGCGCACAUGAACGGCUGGACGAACAGCGCGUACUCCCUCAUGCAGGACCAGCUGGCCUACCCUCAGCAUCCCAGCAUGAACAGCCCCCAGAUCCAGCAGAUGCACCGGUACGAGAUGGCAGGGCUGCAGUACCCGAUGAUGUCCUCGGCGCAGACCUACAUGAACGCGGCUUCCACCUACAGCAUGUCCCCGGCGUACACGCAGCAGACCGGCAGCGCCAUGGGCCUCAGCUCCAUGGGCUCCGUGUGCAAGACCGAGCCCAGCUCUCCGCCGCCGGCCAUCACCUCCCACUCCCAGAGGGCGUGCUUGGGGGACCUGAGGGACAUGAUAAGCAUGUACCUGCCCCCCGGCGGGGACAGCGCGGAGCACUCCUCCCUGCAGAGCAGCCGGUUACACAGCGUCCACCCGCACUACCAGAGCGCAGGGACGGGCGUCAACGGGACGCUACCUCUCACUCACAUCUGAGAUCAGACAGACUUGCUCAAAGGUACUCGGAUACUUGAACUUUUUUUGGUUGCUAAAACAAAUAAUAAAAAAGCUGUUCUGUACCAUUUGAACUGAAAAUGGAUCGGAACCGAACCGCAAAGAGGCAUUUUAGCACACUAGAAGCAAUCAACCCAACUAGAAGAAUUGGACUUCUAAUAUUUGAUGCCAUAUUUUCUGUCAAUAAAAAGGCAUGUGGCCUCGUGAAGGGGCUGGUGUAUUUCAGAGAAGCUGGAUGGACAGUUCUUCAUAAAUGUUUACAUGUCAUGUAGAAUGUCAGUCGUCUCCACUGUGUCCACAUUUUGUAGAUUUUCUGUUUUUUCCUCCCAAGAGCUAGACUAAAAGAAGUGUAAAGACUGUGCGGGCGCAAACGCAAGCUUUAUUUAUAGCAUUAUAUUUUUUUGUUUAUUUUUUUUUUCCUUUUAGCUUGUGAACCCCGAUGUUUUUGUCAAGAAAAAAGAAAUGUUAAAAUCUGUUUUUCAUUUUUAUUUAGUAAAUUGUUCCGUGAUUUUUAUUUUUUAUUUUGGAGUGUCUCAUUUAAACAUUUACUCAAAAAAAAGUUUAUUUAAACUGACGUUUCUACACAUUUUAAGACCAUCCUCUAUUCUUAAAUGCUGAAUAAAUUUUUACGAAACGUGAAA